GACGUCAAAUCUAGCAAAAAAAAAACCCUAGAAGAUUCGUGUUAUUUCCGGACGCUUCGUUGCUGCUUGUCACAUCAGUUCGAUACAGCGUCGCACAGGCAGAGGUUAGCGAGCCAAAAACAGAGCAGCUGCCUCUGGCAGUGAAAAUACAAGCCAUUGAAGUCGGUGCCCAUGGAUGACUAUUAUUACCAUGUUCUAGGGGUGCAGAGAAAUGCAUCUCCAGAUGAAAUCAAAAAAGCUUACAGGAAACUAGCUCUCAGGUGGCAUCCAGAUAAGAAUCCAGAUAACAAGGACGAGGCAGAAAAGAAGUUUAAAGAGCUUUCAGAGGCUUAUGAAGUCCUUUCAGAUGCAAACAAAAGGAACUUGUACGAUCGAUAUGGAAAAGAAGGCUUAACUGCAGGUGGAGGUGGAGGAGGAGGAAGAGGUCACUUUAAUAAUGACCACUUUUUCACAUUCCGCAAUCCAGAGGAUGUAUUCAGGGAAUUCUUUGGUGGGCAAGAUCCAUUUGCCGAAUUCUUUGGUGGAGAUCCAUUUGACAAUGACUUCUUUGGUGGCGGUCGACAUCACCACCACCACCACCACCACCACCACCAGCGGGGCAUGAGCAGGAGCCGAACAGGAGGGUCCUUCUUUGGGGGCUUUGGGGGAUUCCCACCUUUUGGGGCAGGAUUUUCAUCUUUUGAUGCAGGUUUCUCUCCCUUUGGGCUUAUGGGAGGAGGUGGAUUUACUUCUUUCUCUUCAAGUUCAUUUGGUGGAGGGGGAGGGGGAGGGGGUGGAAGCAUGGGCGGCUUCCGCUCUGUGUCAACCUCCACUAAAUUCAUCAAUGGCAGGAAAAUUACUACAAAAAGAAUCAUCGAGAAUGGACAGGAACGUGUAGAAGUGGAAGAAGAUGGACAGUUAAAAUCUAUAACCGUAAAUGGAAAAGCCCAGGAGAUAGGCAUGCUGGAGGGUCACAGACAGAGGAAGGAGCUCCCUGACUCCUCUUCCUCCUCCUCACAUUCUGCAAGGCAGUCAGCUCAGAGAGAGGAGCAAAAUAAAACUACAGGCAAAGAGCAAACUGGAGUCAAGAGGAAGAGAAUGACGAUGAAGGGAGAGACCAAAAAGACCAAAGAGACCUAAAUUUGUCUCUGCGUCUAAACUCAUAGGACUGAUAGUCUGACAUACUGUAGCAGUGGAUAUUCUUUGUCGAGGUUGGGAAAAACUCGCUAGCAUUUUUGUUGUUUGUUGUUGUUGUUUAUUUUUUUAGAUGCAAAGGUCAAAUUUAUUAUUUUACGUUUUUUAUGCCGAUACUAAUUGAUAACAAAUAGUAAAUCAUCUGCUCUGAAGAACUGUGACUGAUACGUAAAAAAAAAAAAAGCUGAACUGUGCAUGCGUUUCUCAUUCACAUGAUCCACUCAAUUUAUUAAUAAAGAAAACCAAUGUACAAUGAUUUUCAGUAAUAAAACCUGUCUCGUCUUCGGUUUCAU